AUGAUAACAAAUUUAUUUUCAAUUUUUGAUCCUUCUACAAGACUUUUUACUUCUAUAAAUUGAUUAGCUUUACUUAUACCAUUAUUUUUUUUACCCUAUUCUUAUUGAAUUUUACCUUCACGAUUACAAAUUGUUUUAUUAAUAUUAAUAAAUUUAAUUUUUAAAGAAUUUAAGUCAUUAACCAAAAGUAUUUAUAAGUCAAAUAUUAUUAUUUUUAUAAGAACAUUAAUUUAUAUUUUAUUAAUAAAUGUUAUAGGUUUAAUUUCUUAUAUUUUUACUCCAACUAGACAUUUAUCAGUCAAUUUAUCUAUCUCUUUAACUUUAUGAGUAAGAUUUAUAUUCUAUGGAUGAUUAACUAAUACAAACUCUAUAUUUAUUCAUUUAGUACCUUUAAAUACUCCGCUAAUAUUAAUAAAUUUUAUAGUAUUAAUUGAAUCAAUUAGAAAUUUUAUUCGCCCAUGAACUCUAGCAAUUCGACUAUCAGCAAAUAUAAUUGCAGGCCAUUUAUUAUUAUCAUUGCUUGGAUCUUCUAUAAGUAAUAUAUUUAUUAUUUUAAUCCCUUUAGUUAUUGUAGUUCAAAAUAUAUUAAUAUUACUAGAAAUUUCUGUAUCUAUUAUUCAAUCAUAUGUAUUUUCUAUUUUAAGUAUUUUAUAUUUUAAUGAAGUAAACUAAUGAUAAUUUAUCAAAAUCAUCCUUUUCAUUUAGUAACUAUUAGACCAUGACCUUUAAUUUUAUCGGUAAAUUUAAUAACUUUUUUAGUUAGAAUAUUAAAUUGAUUUUCAUUAAAUAAUUGUAUUUUUAUUAUAAUAAGAUUAAUCCCUAUAGUUGUAUCAAUAUAUCAAUGAUGACGAGAUAUUAUUCGAGAAAGAACUUAUCAAGGAUGACAUACUUUGGUAGUAUAUAAAUUAAUAAAAUUAGGUAUAAUUUUAUUUAUUGUAUCUGAACUUUUCUUUUUUAUUUCUUUUUUCUGAACUUAUUUUCAUAGGGCAAUUUCUCCUAAUAUUGAAAUUGGAUCAAUUUGACCCCCAAAAAUAAUUAAUAUGUUUAAUCCCUAUGAUAUCCCCUUAUUAAAUUCAAUUAUUUUAAUUUCAUCAGGUUUAACAAUUACUUGGAGACAUCACUCUUUAAUUAAUAAUAAAUUAAAUGAAAGAAUAUUUAGUUUAUUAAUAACUAUUAUUUUAGGAAUUUAUUUUUCUAGUUUACAAGCAAUUGAAUAUUUUGAAGCAGAAUUUUGUUUAAAUGAUAGAAUUUUUGGUUCCAUUUUUUUUAUAAUAACAGGAUUUCAUGGGCUUCAUGUAAUUAUUGGAAUUUUAUUUCUAACUAGAUGUUAUAUUCGUUUAAAUAAUAAACACUUUUCUAAAAUACAUCAUUUUCAUUUCGAAGCUGCUUCAUGAUAUUGACAUUUUGUUGAUAUUAUUUGAUUAUUUCUUUACAUUUCUAUUUACUGAUGAAUAUUUAAUUAAA